CACAAGGCGAGCUUGUGUUGAUCAGCAAAUACAAGCCUGCGAGGAAGAGUCGGUGCCACUCACUGGAGGAGAGCAGAAUCUCAGCCAUGGACAUGGAGAAGGUCAACACCAUGGGCUUCAGUGAAUUUGUGGAUGUGUUUGGGAACGUCAUUGAAAAAUGUCCUCUGGUCGCAGCUGCUGUUUGGUCCCAGCGUCCAUUCUCUGGCUCGGAAGACUUGGAAAAACACUUUUUCGAUUUUAUCGAUGCUCUUCCAAGGUCAGGCCAGGAGGGCAUCCUACGCUGUCACCCGGAUCUAGCUGGCCGAGAUCUGCAGCAGGGCACGCUCACCGCCGAGUCGCUGCGGGAACAGAGCCAAGCGGGCCUCACCAGCCUAGACGCAGACGACCGGCUGCGGCUGCGGCUGCAGAAGCUCAACGCGCAGUACCGCGAGCGCUUCGGUUUUCCGUUCGUGCUAGCUGCGCGCCUGAGCGACCGCGCCGAGGUGCCCCAGGAGCUAGCCCGCCGGCUUCGUUGCCAGCCUGAGUCCGAGCUGCGCACCGCCCUGGGCGAGGUGAAGAAGAUCUGCCACUUGCGCCUGGCGGAUUUGCUGGGCGCCGAUGCCGCCAAGGUGGAACCGCUGCGGGGCUAGGGAUCCGAACGCCAGCAGGAUGCGCCACGGAGGGGACUUGGCGCAGCACACCCUUCGCCGGAGGUUGUCUCCGGCCUGGGAGGACAAUCCUCUCACCCACACAAAGGAAGUGGAGAAUUGAAGCAAUCACACGAGCAAUGAAUGCAUCCUUUGUGCACUCAUCCACAUGAACACGCGUCGCCAAAAUAUAUCAAAAUUCUAGAGAGUUUA